AUGCAGUUUGUGUCCAAAAAUCUCCUUUUUUUGGUGACUCUGCUCUGUGGACUUUUAACCUACUGCCAUGCACAAAAAAUCUUUGGGAUCAGUCCUACUGUAGGAAGCCACGGUGGGGCCACAAGGCUGACUAUUUCAGGCGAAGGUUUUGCUCAGGGAUCCCAGUUUCAGCUGAACCCGGCAAACAGUGACUUUGGGAACCAUGUGACUCUGGUGUCAAACACAAUGUCAUUUGUGUGUGACGUAGAGAGAGACUCAACACACGGAGACCAGAUCCAGUGUUACACCAGACCUAUGCCUUUUGGAGGGUAUUAUGUCAAAGUCACAGUGGAUGGUGUGGCUGUCCCUGACAGUAACAUUUGUGGGGGCAAAUGGUGGAGCUCCCCCUGUGUUUAUUUUGUUCGAUGGUCUCGCACUCCCCUUAUAAGAGAACUGGACGAAGUCAGCGGUUUGCCGGGGACUUUGUUGACCAUUAGAGGAAUGAUUUUCACUGAUGCAUUUGGAAAUAGCAAUCGGACAAACUCAAACACUAAUAUCGACAGCAGAAUUCUCAGAGCCUACAUUGGAGGAAUGCCUUGUGAACUGCUUAAACCAAACUCAGAUGAACUGUAUCGACUGGAGCUGGACAGUGAAACAGCGACGUGGGGGUACAUGAGCUGUAUGAUGACAGGAUCGUACAUAGGACACCAUAACUUGAGCUUUAUCUUGGAUGGGGAUUAUGGAAGGAGUGUGCCAGAAACACAAUUGUACAGAGUUUCUGCUGCAAAUAAGUUCGGGAUGUUUCAGACUUUUGCUGAGGUUACAGGAGUUUCACCGUCCCAGGGCAGCAUUAAGGGAGGAACCACUCUCACCAUCCACGGGCGCCAUUUGGGGGACCAGACUGACUAUCCUGCGCGGGUUGUAGUUGGAGGUUUGCCUUGCGAAGUCCUGGAUGUUGCAGAUGACAAGAUCUUGUGCAAAACAUCCGAGUGGCAGUCGAAUGAACUCGGAGAGGCUGGAGUUGGAGGCAGAGGUCUGAAGAUGGAGAUUUGGAACAACACCAGACCGGGAUCCCUUGAUGAUAUCUGGACAUACACUGACAACACCACGGGAUACUGGACCAAGUGGGUGGACUCCACGCCUUUUAGGUUCCCCCAUGAACACGACCUCUUCACUACCAGGACCUCUGGGUUCCUGAUUCCUCCUUCUACUGGGAAAUUCAUCCUCCACCUGCACUGUGAUGACCGCUGUGAGCUGUACCUGAGCAACUCCAGCCGACCAGAGCACAAGGUACAGGCCGCCAUGCAGCCUUUGCAUUAUACAAAUGCUUUUACAACAGAUUCACAACAAUCCAAAGACCUGUUUCUGGAGGAAGGAAAACCGUACUACAUUGAAUUCAUCCAGCAAGAAUAUAGAGGUGGUGCACUUGUCAGCCUGGCCAUGUUCACAGAGAAGAGCUCGUACACAGAGGCCCAGACAUCCAACGCUAAAAAUGAAAUUCAAAAGCUUAUUGCCGAAUAUGAAGUUCAUGAUGAGACUCAGGUGAUAGCUUUUGAGUCGUGGACAAGUACAACUGCUGUUAAAGAGGUCCAAAAGGUUACUGUUGUCAGUGGUGGAAACUAUUUCUUCAGCCUGGGUUAUGGGGCUGUGCUGACUGCACCUGUGUCCGUGAGUGCGUCUGCAUCUGUGGUAAAGGCAGCUCUGAAUGAUCUUUGGUCCAUCAAACCUGAUACAGUGGAAGUGUCUAAAAGUGUUGACAGCGAUGGCACCCACUUUACCAUCACUUUCAAAUCAGUCAGAGGUGAUUUUGCUCCUCUGACCUACAAUAACUUUGGUUCUGACAUCAACAUUACAGUUGUGGAAGUCACUAAAGGAGUGAGCAACAUGGAGAUGUUCACACUCACAUGGGGGGGUGUACCCACCAAGCCCAUCAAGUACAAUGCAACUCAGGAAGAGGUGCAGUCUGCGCUGGAGGAGUUGGUAACAGCCGAAUGUCCGGGUGAGAUUGUAACUUCUGAGGGCAACAACGUGAUAUAUUUUAAGAACUUUGAAGAUGACGACAACUCCCAGUUUGAUGGCACAGCAGUGAAACAUGCAGCUUUUUGUGGUUUAUGGUCAAUGAAGAACUCCAAAAAUAUUUUCAAACACACCUACACUAAAGAGUCUGGUGGAAAAUAUGGACCUGUACCACUCAACACAUUUCCCUCACUUUGUUUCGCCUACAAGGGGAUUUUGAAUGAUGAAGUCACGCUAUCGUUCACUUAUCGCAACUCAGAGGGCAAAACUGUGUCGGAAACUGCCACCAUCACUAUCGUUUUCAAUAAGGCCAACAAUUGGAGUUACAAAUGCAUUGACCUGCUCAGCAGUUUACAAGGAAAAUAUGUUGGAAGUUUAUACAAAAUGAUCCAACUUAGUGUAGACUCUACGGAUGACUUCCUUAUCGACGCUGUUCACAUUGGAAGAUCACCCACUACAUAUGAUGAAAAUGCUGUACCAUUGAAGAGGAGACCACCGCCCUUUGAGAGUACUGAAAGUUACAUUGAUUCAUUUUCCAUAAGCAAAGAUAAUGCAACCAUGUCUUACAAGAUCAUCGCCACACCAGUCGACUGCGCUUUUGGCUUUCCCCUGAUAGAAGUGGGAUUCAUGCCGAAAACAAAAAGUAGAAGGGACACGGCUGAGUUCACCGUUGGAGCGGCAAACGUCAAAGUUACCCGCAUGUACAAAGCCACGCCCCCUCUGAAUGGGACCUUCGAUGUGGAGAUUUAUAACAGCCGCGUUGAAGGUCUCUCAAUUAACAUAAAUGAGGAGGACUUGAAGUACGCUCUUGAAGGCAUCUCUGAGAUUGGGGAAGUGGAGGUCAAAUAUGAAGGGACAUGUCGCAAGCCCAUGUGGAAGGUCGAGUGGGUCUCCAAACCAGGAAACCAGCCAGAGAUACAAAUUGACAGCUCAAACAUUAUUGGCCCAAACAUAAAUUUCUUCUCACGGGAGAAUACCCAAGGAGGAAUGUUGCACAAUAGAUUAACUGGAGAUUAUUUCCGUGUGAAGGAGACAAAGCCACAGGCCCAGGUGUUCAUCAAUAACAUCCCCUCCUGGUGCUCUGGAGACUGCAGCUUUGAAUGGUCAGCAGAGAAGACCCCCAUCAUAACUAAUAUCAAUCCAUCACAAGAAUCAGAUGAUCUUCAGACUAUCUUGACCGUCUCUGGAACUGGAUUUGCCAAUGAACGUGCAACAAUCAUGAUUGGGAAUGCCGAAUGCCAUGUUACAUCUAACUCUCAAACCUUUCAGAUAUGCACUCCUGGCCGAUCUGUUGCUGGUACUUUCCCAGUAACAGUAACCUUCCCGUCCCUCGGAAACUCACAAUAUUCCGGCAACAAUGUCCUUUACUUCACCUACAACCUCAUCGUUUCAUCCUUCUUCCCAAUUUCUGGAAGUCUGGCUGGAGGAACACUGUUGACCAUCAAAGGCUCUGGAUUUGACUUGAACUCUACUGUUACUAUUGGGGGCAAUUCUUGUACGGUGGAAGAUGCCUCUGAAACUGAGCUGAAAUGCAAAACACCUCCAGGAGUUUCUGGUUCUGCAGCCGUGGUUGUGAAAGUGGGAAGCAUCAAUACGACGGCGUCUGGCUCGUUUUUGUACAAUAACAGUCUAACUCCACAGAUCUUAUCCAUCAGCCCAAAAACUACCACUGUCAGCGGACCCGGAGUUCUUAUCAUUGAAGGCUCAAACUUGGGAGAGCAGGGCAACAGCAGUGCAGUGAUAGUGGGUGAAAAGCCUUGUGUUGUGUUGAAGUGGACACAGACAAAUAUCAGCUGCGUGCUCCCUGUGCUCCCACCAGGCCUGCACCGAGUUGACAUACAGGUUCAGAACAAUGGAAACGCACAGAUAAGUAGUGGUGUGAAUGCCAGUAUUGAGUACAUCCUGGAGGUCCACAGUGUCUCUCCGCUGGUGGGAUCUUUGAUGGGAGGAACUAAACUCACCAUUACCGGCUCUGGGUUCAGCCAAAACACAUCCAACAUCGAAGUUUCCAUUGGUGGAGUUGAGUGUGAGGUGAUGAGUGCUGUGGAGACCAAAUUGGAGUGUAUUUUACAAUCAAGCCAAAAUACUGUCACCGUGACCAACCAAGGGAUCCACCAAGAGUUCGGACUGGGCUACUCUUGGAAACCUGCCUCUUUGAGCAUCCAUGCGGGGGAUAAAGUGGUUUGGCGUUGGACCACUCCGACUUUCCUCCGGGUCAAAUACAGAGUCUUCAGUGUCUCCACCCCGAGCGGGAUCACGGACGAAGGAGGGCCAUUCAACAGCGGCACGGCUACUGCAGAUGGCCACUUCUCCUAUGUUUUCUCUCUGCCUGGUGUCUAUUACUACAGUAGUGGUUUGGUGGACCCUGCAAACUCCAGGUUUCUGCAGGGAGUUGUGAAAGUCCUCCCUCGUCCAGAGAAGAACAGCAAAGUUGUCCUCAAAGUGUCUGGAGUAGAAGCUAAACAUGUGCCAUCUGCUCCCUCUCGCACUCGCAGGUCGUCCCAGGACUGUGUAGCCUCCCCUCUGUGCUCUACGUCAAACCUGUCGUCUUCUGAGGUCUCCUUCACUGCCUCCACCUGCUCCACCCCCACAGUGGAGUCCAUCUCCCCAAACCAAGGCACCUACCAUCAGGUCAUCCACGUCAAGGGGAAGAGCUUUGGUAAUGUAACCUGUGCUAUCAAGGUUACAAUAGGAGACGAGCCUUGUCAUGUGAUCAACAGCUCAAACACAGAUAUCUAUUGCCAACUCAGAGCAGAUAGUGAACUCCCUGUUGGUAUCGCCCACCCAUUCGCACUCCACAUCAACAACCUGGGCAGCGCUAUCGUCACGGUGAUGGACGAGAUGCAACGCCGUUUCGUCGUCCUUCCUGUCAUCGAUAUGAUCUGGCCUCAUAUCGGAAGCACCAAUGGUUUCACUCGCCUUGUAGUCCACGGGUCAGGUUUUUCAGAUGGAUCUAUGACCGCAGCAAGCACAAGUUGUAAUAUUAUAUCAGUGAAUUACACCCAUAUUACCUGUGAUACUUCUGGAUCGCAAAUCAACGUUGGAGAAGUCGUUUACCAAGUUGGACAAAUUCAAAGUGCAUGUCAUUCAAACUGCUCUUUUGAAUAUUCUUCCACUAUCACUCCUGUUGUCAAUAAGCUUUCGCCUAAUAGCAUAAGUGGCCCGAGCAAUGUUGAGAUUUUAGGCGUUGGGUUUGGCAACACAACUGAAGAUGUCUAUGUCACCGUUGGUACUCAAGAAGCAGAAAUUCUCGCCGUGGUAGAUGACAACAUUACAGUAGCAGUGAGUGCAUUACCAGCCGCACAACAUAGAGUGAAGGUUUUCAUAAGAAGCAAAGGUCUAGCACAUCGCCAGUACUCAUUAACAAGUGAAGCUACGGCAAUGCUGUCUCCAUUGGUGGGGAGUGUGGAAGGAGGUACUCCACUGGUUUUCACAGGGAAUGGAUUUGCCCCUGGGAAUACCAAUGUGACGAUAGGGGGGAAGCCAUGCAUAAUUCAAAGUACAAUUCCGAGUGAGCUGCGCUGUCUGUCACCUCCGAACAGCGAGGUGGCGGCGGAGGUUGAAAUCGUGGUGUUUUCUGAGACAUAUCCAGCGCUGACAUUCAACUAUUCCUCAAAGCACACUCCUGUCGUCAGCUCUGUCAGCCCAACCACUGGCCCCAGUGGGACCAUCAUCACAUUGACUGGCUCAGGAUUCGGCUCUGAUCAGCAGCACAUCUCGGUCAGUCUAAACGACGUUGCUUGCUCCGUCUCCUCUGUGUCUGAGACUCAGGUUCAGUGCUCUGUCGGGAACAACCCCGGAGGACCGUAUCCCAUCAUGCUUCAGCACAAGGUCAAAGGUUAUGCCCAGUCUGAGGUUGCCUUCAACUAUGAACUGACUCUGACUGGUGUCCAGCCUAAUGAAGGUAGUUUUGGUGGUGGUGCCCUGCUCUUUGUUAAUGGUUCAGGAUUUGACCCCACAACUGCCCAAGUCCAUAUCUGUGGUAAAGAGUGUAAACUGGACAGAGCAUCUUCAACUUCCUCUCGCCUGUCCUGCUAUUCUCCAUAUAAUAAUGCCACUGAGUCUGAGGUCAGCUGCGUUGUGUCCGUCUCUAACCCGACCCAAACUGUCAACAUCUCCAAUGGUUACACGUACAAGUCUGCACUGACCCCCCUGAUCUCAGGCAUCUACCCCCGACGUGGAGGGACAGCCGGAGGGGUCCUCCUCACCAUCAGUGGCUCUGGUUUUAGUUCGAAUAUGACUGAGGUGAAUGUGACCAUCGCUGGAGUAGUUUGUGAUAUUCAGUCCUGCAACUCCACCACCAUCCUCUGUGUCACCAACGCCCAGCCACAGUCCCAGAAAACCAAGGUCCAUGUCAGCAUCAAAGACCGGGGAAUGGCACCGCUGGAUAAAGCAGACUUCUUCUACAUCGAUGUGUGGUCGUCCCGGUUCACGUGGGGGGGUCUGUCUCCUCCAGAGAAGGGCACGUUUGCUGUUAUCACCAAAAACCAGACGAUCCUCCUGGACACCAGUACACCUGUGCUCAAGAUGCUUCUUAUUCAAGGAGGGACUCUGGUGUUUGAUGAAGCAGAUAUUGAGCUUCAGGCUGAGAACAUCCUGAUCACAGACGGCGGGGCGCUUCAGAUCGGCACAGAGGAUCAGCCGUUUCAGCACAAAGCCAUCAUCACUCUCCAUGGCAACCUGGGCUCCCCCGAGAUCCCAGUGUAUGGAGCCAAGACUCUGGGGGUCCGGGAGGGGACACUUGACAUGCAUGGUAUCCCUAUUCCUGUCCCUUGGACUCGUUUGGCUGAGACCGCCAACAACGGCUCCAGUACGCUGAAACUAAUGGACGGAGUGACCUGGAAAAAAGAUGACGAGAUUGUUAUCGCCUCCACUGGACAUCGCCACAGCCAGAAAGAGAACGAGGUGCGGACUAUCGCCUCUGUGUCCCAGGACGGUCGGACCCUGACUCUGACUGAGCCUCUGGACUACACCCACCUCGGGGUGCAGGUCACGCUCCCCGAUGGGACCACCUUUGAGGGGCGCGCAGAGGUGGGACUGCUCACCCGAAACAUCCAUGUCCGAGGCUCCGCACAAAUAGAGUGGGCAGACAAGACCGAAGCAUGUCCCGAUGGUUUCAAUACAGGUGAAUUUUCCACACAGACUUGUUUCCAAGGCCGUUUUGGUGAAGAGACCGGCAGUGAUCAGUUUGGGGGCUGCAUAAUGAUGCAUGCUCCUGAACCAAAUAAGAAUCUGGCCAUAGGCAGAUUUGAAUAUGUUGAGAUCUCCAAUGCGGGACAGGCCUUCAGAUUGGGAAGGUACCCCAUCCACUGGCAUCUGAUGGGGAACAUAGAUUAUAAGUCUUACGUGAGGGGCUGUGCUAUCCACCACACAUUUAACCGAGCCGUGACUAUCCACAACACUCACCGUUUACUGGUUGAGCACAAUGUUGUCUACGACGUCAUGGGAGGAGCCUUGUUCAUCGAAGACGGUAUCGAAACAGAAAAUAUUUUACAGUAUAAUUUAGCUGUGUUUGUCAGGCAAAGUACGAGUCUUCUGAAUGAUGACGUCACCCCUGCCGCUUACUGGGUCACCAAUCCAAAUAACAUAAUACGCCACAACGCAGCGGCCGGAGGUACCCAUUUUGGCUUCUGGUACCGAAUGCAUGAACACCCGGAUGGCCCCUCCUACGACCCAAAUAUCUGUCAGAAGAAGGUUCCUCUUGGUGUAUUUGAGAACAAUACAGUCCACUCACAAGGAUGGUUUGGUUUGUGGAUCUUUCAAGACUACUUCCCAAUGAAAAAUGGAAAUUGUGGCUCUGAACAACCAGAACCGGCAAUCUUCAAAUCACUCAUCACUUGGAAUUGCGAAAAAGGGGCGGAGUGGGUUAAUGUAGGUGCUGUACACUUUGAUGGUUUUAUCAUGGUCAACAACGAGAAAGCGGGAACAGAGCACAAGCGCAUCCUGCCAAAUGCUGUGAAUUCAUUUACUUCAGAAGGGGGCGCUGUAGUGUCAAACAGUACCAUCGUAGGACAUGUUGAUGAGCUGGGCCUGGGAGUAGACUACUGCACAACCAGAGGGAUCAUUGCACCUCUAGAUGAUGGACUGAGUGUUAUCAAUACCAAAUUUAUCAACUUUGAUCGUAGUUCCUGUGCGGCGUUUGGAGUAGCCAGAAUAGAUGGGACAUGUUUGGAUAACUGCGGAGGGUGGGCUGUGCGGUGCUCAGGCAUAAACUACUUCAAUACCCCAAAUAAAGCUGGAUUCAGGUGGGAGCACGAGGUUCAGCUGGUGGACAUGGAUGGAAGUCUCACAGGAAAUAUAAACUACAGAGUGGUACCGACCAGUGGCCUCCUGGACCCGGCCCACUGCACUCAGAGUGCAGAGUGGAGCGCUGCUUUUAACGGCUCCGUUUGUGAUAACACUGUGAACUUCCAUCGUUUGGCCUUUAAUAACCCAUAUCCCACUUCUCUGGCAGGACACGACGUGCUCAUGUCCAACAAACACGGCAGCAGCGUGGUCCCGUACAUGAAGAAGAGGAUGACCCAUAAACUGGGUUGGAUGGCUCUGUUACCUUCAAAAGAAACGUUUCUGUGGAGCUUCAUCUAUGGAGAACAGAUCACAAACAUCUCCUACUUCUCCACCUACUAUGGAUUCAAGCCGGACGAGUAUUUGAUCAUGGGGCAUAACUUCACUCAGAGCCCAGAUAUGUUUCACAUAGUGGACAACAGAAACGCCUCUGCGGCUCCUCUCAGCUUCAGCCAAAAUGAAAAUGGAGACUGGUACUUUGACGAGAGCGAUAACACACUCUACUACAUGGUAUCUGGUAAAACUAGUAACCCGGUGACCAAAGCCAGCGCAGACCCGUCUCUCAGUGAUGUUGAUGUCACGUUGAAGGUUUACAGAUGUUUUUACCCCAAAUGUAAUGAGCCCACCCCUCCCCCUCCGGCCACGCUGCCCCCUCUGCCCGACAAGAGGCCCGCCAACUUCAUUCUGUGGUCCAACUCCACCUUUUGGACCCAGUCUCCUGAGAAUAACAACACUGUGCCAGGAGAGGGCGCUGAAGUGGUCAUCCCAGGAGGUCAGUGGGUGGUUUUGGACACCAGCACACCAGCUUUGAACAAACUCACAGUGAAUGGAGUACUGGAAAUUCCUGAUGACUUGAACACAACGAGCAGCAGACGGAGGCGGUCCACUCCCAACCCCGUGGUCAUCAACGCCAUUCACAUCCUGAUAGAGGGAGGUCGGUUGAUUGCUGGUUCACCUGAAUCUCCGUUUGAAGGAGAGCUGCACAUCAUACUGAGAGGCGACCAUCGCACUCAAGACUGGCCUCUGCCCAAUGGACCCAACCUCGGAUCCAAAGCCCUCGGCGUGUUUGGGAUUUUGGAGCUCUAUGGAAAACCACCAAAUGUUUACCACACCAAACUGUCAGCCUCCUCUGCAGCUGGAACCAACAGUGUGACUCUGGCUAAGGCUGUGGACUGGCAGGUUGGUGAUGAAGUAGCCAUCUCCACCAGUAGCUACGACACCUGGGAGACCGAGAAACGUGUCAUCUCUGCAGUGUCCGAUGACAGGAUGGUUCUGACUCUGGAUAAACCGCUCACUCACACUCACAUUGGUGAAACCCACUCAGUCGCUGGUACAGGUUACAGUUACACCCUGGCUGCUGAUGUGGCUCUUCUGUCCAGAAAUAUUAAAAUCAUCGGUGAAGAGUAUGCAGACAUGACCAAAGAGUCAUUUGGGGCCAGGGUACUGGUGGGCAGCUUCUCCUUUGGGGGAAUAGACUACAAAGGCAAAGCUCAGAUCAGAAAUGUCGAGUUUGAUCGCACUGGUCAGGAGGGAUGGACCGAUGACUACGACCCUCGAUACUCUGUGGCUUUCCUCAAUUUGGAAGAAGUGGAGGACACGUACCUUCAGGGCUGCUCUUUCCACGAUGGUUUCUCUCCAGCCAUCGGCGUAUAUAACACUGAGGGACUUUUCAUUGACGACAACGUGAUCCACCACACUGUAGGAGAAGGUAUCAGGAUUUGGGGGCACAACAUCACAGUGAGGAGAAACCUGGUGAUGAUGAGCCUUUGGCCUGGAUCGUACCAGGACCGAGAGGAAACCUUCAACUUCGAGUGGAACGCCGCCAUAGAGGUGAAUAGGGGAACAGCUGUAGUCCUGCAGAAUAACAUUGUUGCUGGUUUUGAGAGAGUUGCAUAUCGCAUCAAGGGUGAACCAUGUCCAGGAACCCUCAAUGACAGUGAGAUGUGGAGUCAAAAUGAGGCCCAUGGUGGUCUGUACGGAGUUUAUUUGAACAAAGAUGGCCUACCAGACUGUUCUCUCAUCAGGGACUUUUUUAUUUGGAAAAGUUACGACUAUGCCAUCUACUUCCAGGUGACUCAGAGUAUGUCUAUCGCAAAUGUAACUCUGGUGGACAAUGGUUUGGGCCUGAUGCCUCUUAUCUAUGGACCGCCCUCUCUGGCUCACAGUUUUGAGGAUAAAAAAGUUACAAUUGAGUCUUCUCUGAUUGUUGGGAGCAGCCCUAAUUUGAACUGUUCUGAGACGGUGCCCAGUGGAGACUAUAAUAUAAUCAACUCUGAGAGCAGCCGUGUUGGCAGAACACCCUCAGGUGGGAGAUCCGGUUUGUGCUGGCCCAGUUUUAACUCUGGACACAACACGGCUCCAGCUAAGCCCCACCCACUCAACAUGAAUUACAACGCCAUCAAAGGGUUAAUGACUGUCACUGACACCACUUUUGUCGGGUUUAAGACAGUUUGUUCUGGAGAGAAGAAUUCUAUGUUUAUCACAAACACCAUGAAUGAGGACCUGCAGCACCCGGUCCAUGUGUCCCGCAUCAGGACCAUAGACAGCUCAGAGGACAACAAGGUCUUCAUCCACAGAGCCAGCCUUGGUAAAGUGAACCCAUCAGACUGUGUGGACAUGGAGUGCGAUGCUAAAAAGAAGACUAUUCUGAGGGACCUGGACGGCUCGUUCUUGGGUCUAGUGGGGGCCGUGGUGCCUCAGUCUGAGUAUGAAUGGGACGGAGAUCCCCGGAGGGGCCUGGGCGACUACAGAAUCCCCAAAGUCAUGCUCACUCACCCCAAUGGCAGCCGAAUCCCUGUGGAGCAGAUCGCACCCAACAAAGGUGUGAUCAGGAAGCAGUGCACGUACAUGAAGUCAUGGCAGAGUUAUAACUGCACUGGUCUGAAUUAUAGACUCUUGGCCAUUGAGAGUCUCGAUGCAGACACAGAGACCAGACGCCUGUCCCCAGUCGCUCUGCUCGGGGAUGGAUAUGUCGACCUCAUUAAUGGCCCACAGGACCACGGCUGGUGCGCGGGUUACACCUGUCAGAAGAGACUGUCCCUGUUUCACGCCAUCGUCGCCACAGACCACGCCUUUGACAUCUUCUUCAGCAGCGUCACUCCGCAGAAACUCCGCCUCAUGAUGCUCAACACUGCCCCUUCUGACAGAGUUUUGGUGUCCGUGUUCUACUCCAAGCCCCAGCGUCUGGAUGUUUAUGUGAACAACAAACUCAUUGCUCCAACCAAUGCAGAUUGGAACCAGGACAAUACAGACUACACCCUGAAAAAGUCCACGACACAAGAUGAAUAUGUCCCUAAAAUGAACGCUUCAGUUGGAUCCAACUUCUUCGACCAAGACUACAAAAUGCUCAAAGUGCUUCUGCAAGGCUCUCAACCUGUGGAGAUCAGAACGUCCCCUGUACUGGUACUCUCUUUCAACCUCCCCGCCAUGACAGAGGCAGAGUUUUUUGGGGACAAACUGGUCAAUAACCUGGCCAUAUUUCUGAAAGUGCCUUCAAACAUGAUCCGGGUCACGAAGAUAGUCCGAGCAGAUGGAGGGGUGCGGAGGAGGAAGAGGUCAUCUGGACUCAGUGUGGAGGUGGAGAUCAAAAAGCCCCCAGUGCAGGAGACCACCAACACUACCUCUGAUGAAGAGGACUUUGAAUUGCUUCAGAACAUCGCUGAUGACCUGGGCCAGGCUGCUGUCUCUGGGAACUUGAGUCAGUCCGUUGGGUUUAACGUGUCGUCUAUGGGCAUGGUCCCCCCUCCACCCUCCGCCUCGGACCCAGACUGGAAUGAGGUGGCGACAGAAGAGGAGACGAGGGAGGAGACCACAGUGAGUUACGUGUCCAGUGUGUCUCAGCUGCUGUUGAUCGUGGAGCCCAUUGCAGGGGUGUAUGUGGGCCCUCUGUCCCAACAGCCCAGUCUGAAGGCCGUGGACCAAAAUGGCGACUGUGUGUCUGUGGGAGUGACGACGCUCACAGUCACUGCCAGUUUAAAGAACUCCAGUGGAAACGCAGUAAGUGGUCUCCAAGGAAACGCCACCAUUUUGUUCAAGACCUGCUGGGCCAAUUUCACCGACCUCGGCCUCUCCAACAGCGGAGAGAACUUGACCAUGGUGUUCACUCUGAAGGACUGGGGCGCUGAGUCUAAGACCUUCUCUGUGAAAGCUCUGCCCACGACCGACCCCCCCAUUACAAAUGGUACCACAGACGGGAGCAUUUUUGGUUCCAGCACAACCCCUGGCCCCUCCGCUCUGUGCGCUGUCAGUGUCAUCUAUGCUGUGGCCUACUGCUCUGAAACGAUCACUGUAUACUGA